CAAAUAUAUACAUAAUAUAUAUAUAUAUAAGCAAAAACGAUUAUAUAUCUACACACACAUAAUUUAAUGCAACAUAUAUAUAAAUUCGUAAAUAAUUAGUAACCAAUUUUUAAGUGUGUGCAAGUGCAAUCGAAAUUCAAUGGCAAUUUCGUAAAAAAGUUUCUUUUUUUACGUAAAAAAGAAGGCAGAAAAAACGGCGCGUGUGAAAUUUUUCAACAACGACGUCGUAGCAGCAGCAGUCUCUUCUCUGCUGCGUCUCUUUAGCUGCAAAAGGAGAAGCUGAGCAACAACAACAACUACAACGAAAAUUCCCCACACACAAACUGUGGUGUGUGUGCUAUGUAAAGUGAAGCAAAUGUGCAAGAAGAAGCAGCAGACGCCGCGCAGCGACGUCGACGUAGACGCUGCUGCAGCAGAGGCAGCAGGACAGGUUUAUCAGGGCUAAAAUUUCACAUACAACAACAAAAAUACUAAACAGCCUGCAUUUUGCACAGUGCGUGUGCCAGUCCAGUGUCUCUGUCAAUGUGUGGGUAACAACAACUAUGUGUUCAGUGGUAACAACAACAAGAAAUACAAACGCAGCAGCACGAGAAAGCAAAGUGAAAUUUAAUAAAACAACAGCAACAACCACACAACAACAACGAGAAAAGCACGCAAUACCAAUUCGAAACCGUUAUUCAACAAUUUCUUGAAAUAAGUGAAAGAAGAAGGCAAAUACUGGUUUCUCAUACAUACAUACAUACAAAGCAUAUACAUAUACUUAUAUGAAUGUAGAAAGAAACAACAAAAACAACUAAAAAGUUGCUGCGCGAGAAAUUUUGUACGUGUUUCAUCAGCGUAUAUGUGUGCGUGUUUGUCGUCUAUGUAUUUGUGGUCUUAGCUCUGCAAACUGUGUGAGCUAAAAAAGAAAAAAAGUAAAGUGAAAAGCAAUGUUUAAAGGAAUUACAACAACAGCAGCAGAAGUCGUUGGAGUCCCCGGCAAAACUACAACGUGAAAUAAUAGUAAAAGUCUUGUGACAAAUACAAAAAGAAAAAAGCUUCAAAAGAGCGCAACAAAAGGCAAAUACACGUGUGUGUGGGUGUCAACGUCACACGCACACACGCGACAAAAGCAGCGCAGCAACAGCAGCGCCCCAAGCCUAAAGAGGGGCAGCAACAAAGGCAGCCACAGCGUCCGGCACAACAAUUGAACAUACAAUUUUUUCAAGGGCUCUCUGGCCAAAGCGCACGCUGCUGCGUUUUUUUUUAUUUAAAUUAUUGCAGGCAACAUGGAACCAAACAGACAUCACGAAUAUCAGACGCAUCAUCAUCCACAAUCCCACCACCAGCUGCAGCCACCGCAUCUGCAACAGCAUCCCCAUGGACUCGGCCAUGGGCAUGGACAUAACCAUGGGCAUCCGCAUCCACAGCAUGCCGUACAUCAUCACCUGCAACAUCACCACCAGCAACCACCACCGCCAACAGCCACAGCAACCACAACGGUUGCACCACCGCCACAACAGGCAACAACGAGUGGACCAUCACCACAUCAACACCACCUGCCCAUGUCUAUGCCACUGCACCACCAGCAACAACAGUCGCAGCAGCAACAGCAACAGCCACAACAUCUGCAGCACCACCCACACCACCAUCAGCCACAGCAAGCUCCACCACCACCACCGCCACAGCAAUCGAGUUACCAACAGUCGCAUGCGGCGUAUGUGCGCGGUGGUGCAGCGGCAGCAUCUGUAAUGCCACCGACAGGUGCUGCAGCGAGUGGUGCAAGUGGUGCAGCUGGUGGCGAUCCGCAUAUGCAGUACUACACCUCCAACCGGGAACUGAUUGUGGCCAAAAAGUCGAAUGAACCACAGCUGCCACAUGCCAGCUGGCAGCAGUACAAGGCGCCACCAACGGGGGCAACAUCCACAACUUCCACGACGUCCACCUUGGUGCAGCGACAACCACCACAACAACCACCGCCACAGCCGCAGCACUACAACAGCAACAGCUAUUGGCAGACGCCGCCAGAGGAGCAGCACAUGGCACGCUAUGGCUACAGCAAGGUGGCGCCACCUAGAACGACGGCGAUAAGCUCUAGCAGCAGCGUGGGAGGAACAGAGAGUCUAGGAAGUAUCAGGGGAAGUCUAGGGGAACCUGGACGGGCAGCUGGAGGUCUAGGAGAAACCGGGGGAAUGCGAGGAGCUGCUAGUCUCGGAGGAAGAGUCGCAGGUGGAACAGGAGCACCUUCGGGACUAGCGCGACCUGGUGGUCUGGGAACAACUGCGUUAGCUAAUCAUCGUUACUACGAGGAUAACCUAAAGUAUGCACCCAGUGGCAAGUUGCACUCGAGCGCCACAGCGACACGCUACGAGCUGCUGGAUCAUGUGGUGAAUCCCAGCAAUGCGUUGCUGGGCACCGCCAGCGAGCAACAGCCAAGUCCUAACUAUGCACGCAAAUGUCCGCAGCACUACGAACCGCCGACCGAGCAGCGUGGCGCCGCAGCCACAUUGGGAUCAGCGCCUGGCUUGCCAGGGCAAGCAGCUCCUCCACAAGGCGCAGCACCGGGAGCUGCACAACAGCAUCAGAGUCUGUACAUGCCGAUGCCGCAGUUUAGCACGGAGAACUUUCAGAGUACCGUGCACAGUGCCAUCGAGAAGUAUGUGCGUGAAUCCGCGCCAGCUCCCAGCCUAGACUAUAGACGCAGUACAGCGAGUGGCGGCUACGGCAGCAGACCAACGAGCGGCAGCAGUCAAUCGGUUAGUCAAUCUGGCAGCUACUACAGCAGCAGUAAACCCCUCGCCAGCUAUGGCAAACUGGAGCCCGAAUCGAGUUCCGGACUGACGCGUGCCUCGCUCUAUCACAAUCCCUACAAUCCGCCCGCAGUUGUAGAGCCCGAUCAGUUGCCCACAGCGGCGGCUAGCUCACGAGAUGCUUCCCCCGCAGCGCCACACGGUUAUCCCACCAAGUAUGGCAAGCUCUUGCAGCAGCAUAGCAGCCAACCCCGGUCCAGUUCCAACUCGAAUGCCAGCGCCAGUUCGAGUUCCAGCGCCAAUCCUGCUUCCUAUGUGCAAUACUAUCAUCAUGGCACGCCCUCGCCUGCGGCAGCGCAAGUGGCGUCGCCCACGCCUCCACAGCAGCUCUACAAUCACACUCCUCCGCCAUCAGGAGGAGUAGGACCUGGACUAGGCAGUGCAAGCGGAGGAGGCGGACUAAGCAGUGCAGGAGGAGGUCCAGGACUUGCCAGUAGUGUAGGCAAUGCACCGGGUGGUUUAGUCAGUCACUCCACACUGCAGGUUUAUCCUCAUGGUCCGGACAUUUGCUGUCAGCCUAAGAUGACGCCCCUGCCUCCCAAGAAGAGCAACGCACCCAGCGUCAAGCCUAACUACAAAGCGCUUAUCGAUGAUAUGCUCAAACAGAACAUCAGCGAAAAGGAGCGUAAUCUCAAGAUAAUCGAAAAGACGCUCGGAUCACGACAAGUUCCCGCUGCAGCUCCCGCUCCUGUGCUGGUGCCACCUCCCACAGUUCCUCAACCUAUACUGGCUCCCGUGAUACAGCAAGCGCCGCUCGCGCACUCUCCACUCGAUCUGUCCAUGCGCACGGUGAAGCAGACUGCCGACUCUACGGAGUACAAGUACAAACCCAAGGCGGCGCCUAGUCCAGGAACGGGUUUGGGACUUCCCCGCUUUGAUAUUACGCCCAACUUUGCCAGGAGCAGCGGUGGAAGUAGUAGUGGCGCCAGCGGGACAAGUUCAGCUGCUGCUACAGCUGUGAUACGUCAAGCGCCCGCUGCAAAUGCUUCAAUUCUAACCUCCGCCUCGGCAGCCUCCACUCCGGAGUCUCCGCUGCUCAUCAAGGCAGCGCAGCAACUGCGUCCAAGUGUGUUGGAGACAAAUCCCUUUGCCAAGCGACCGCAACUCCCGCCCGAGACAAGUAUCAGGGCGUUGCCCAAACCGCCCACGGCAACAGCGACGACAACAGCCAGCGUGAGCAGCAGCAGUCCCAACCCGAUUCCAAUCCCUUCGAGCAGCAACAUCGCAGUCCCCUCGAGCAGUAACCUUCACAACAGCAGCAAUCCCAACUAUCUCGGACGGAAGCGUCAUCUUCAAGAGUACAACCAGCAGGCAGCCGCAGCGCUAGCCAAGCAGUCCCGACUGGAUGCAGUUCCUGCACCGCCCGUGGCUGCCAGUGUGCCUGUGAUAGCCAUCAAUGAGCAGGCGCUGGCGAAGCAGCGACUCGAGAACAGCGGCAGCAGCAUCAUUGUGUGCCCGCAACCCAAGCAAGAGACGCAACCGUUGGUGCCCAAGGUGGAGCCAAGGAUACGCACGAAAGCGGAGCUCAAGGGAUUCACGUUUACCCCGCCUGUGUUAGCACCUGCAAGCUCAACGACCAGUUCGAUAGGAGAAGUCAACGUUGCCAGCACUUCCAAUUCAACUGCCACGCCCACUACGACUCCCUCGCCCGCCCAGCUGACCAAUCACAUUCAGAUCAAGCUGGAGCCGGCGCCCACGCCGGAACAGACCUUUACACAGCUCCCGGAGGAGUCUCCGUCUUCCUCGGGCUUCAAUAGCCACAGUCUGCUCGGCGAUUGGGGCAGCACCUGCAACAAUUUGGUUGAGCAACUGCUCAACAAGGUACUACCGACCAAGCCGAUGACUCCCACAACCACACCUAUCAAGUUAGAAUUAAGCGAAGAUGAUUUACCCGUGGCGCGAAUACUGAAACGUCAGCCGACGUUGCCCGACGUGGAGUCUGCAGCGACAACGACGACGCAACUGACCAGCAACACAACAACGAAUGGCACCCAGAAGAAGCUAAGCAAGACGGAGCGGGAGAAAAAGCGAUUGGUGCAAGAGCAAAGAAUUGCGGCGAGGUUAGCGCCAGCAGCUGGGCAAAGCAGUAGCUCCGAGAGCGAUACUACGGAACUGCAUAAGCGCAAGACAGAGCGCCAGAAGAAGCCGCUGAUGAUGCGGAAGAGCAAAAACCGCAGGGCCGAGGAGAAAGAGAAGGAGCAAGUGAAGGGGAAACAGGAACAAAAACAGGGAAAGCGUCAAGAGGAAAGCAGCGAUGAGGAGCAGGAGCAGGCGGAAAAUGAUGACAACAGCUCGAGUGAAGCAAAGAAGGGCAAGAGAACGCUAAAGAAUAAAUUGCAAUAUGCAGGAGGCAAAAACAAGACCAAGGGACAGCAGAAGCAGCGUGAUAAAGAGAAGGAAAGGGAAAAGGAGAAGACAAACGAUAAGAAAGAACAGCAGGAAGAUGAAGAUCAGGAUGAGAGCAGCACUAGCAGCAGCAACGAAGAGGAGCAACAAAAAGAACAAGCAGCUGAAGAAGACGAUGAUGAUGAAGAGGAGGAAGAAGAUGAGGAGCGGGAAAAAGACGAUGAUGAAGAUGAGGAAAAUGAGGAGUCGGAUGAGGAUGAAGAUGAGAACGAGGACGAAGCAGAUAAGCAGCCUUCGGUAAAACGCAAACCCAAAGCCAACACUAAACCUCAUCGCAUUGCCCUCAACACGAUGACACGCUCAAAGCGAAAGCAAGAGCUGGAACAGCAGUUGGCCAACUCUAAGGUGCUGCGCAACGACAAAAUCAUACGCAACUCCACCACAAAGAUCAAGCGCAAGUAUGUCAGGAAGUUGGUGCCCGAUGCCAAGAAGGAAAUGAUGGUCACGCGUUUGAGGAACAAACGUGUUGUCGUCAGCGCCGACCAGCUAAACGGACGCAAACUCAAAGCAAAGGCCAAGGCCAAGACCACGACGCCGCAACAGCAACUCUUCCUCGAGGAAUAUCGCUACAAGUUGGCUCUGAAAAUCCCACAACGCCUCAUCUCCAUCAAUAAGCUGAACAAGUUGCCGCAGGUGGCGGCCUCGUUGCCAGAUUUAGAGCGUGGACGGGAUCUGAGACAGGAGCUGGCCUGCUUUAAACCCGCCCGAGGACGCAAACCGCGUGCCAAGGCCACCGCAGCUAUGCUGAAGGAGCAACCAGCUCAGCCCCAACGUCUUACCACUCCGCAAUCCAUCAUUGAUGUGCUGCAUCUGCGUGUCACCUCCAAUGGCGCUGUCAAGUCCGGACAACCGGUGAACUGUGCUGCUAGUCUGCACACUUAUAGUGAAACCUCGCAAACUUCCGCAUCCAAUUCGCUGUACGAGCAACCACAGGAAACUUCCACUGCUACUGCUCCCGACACGGGCAAACGGCACUUUAGUAUCUUUGAUACAAAGGUGUUGCAAAGCAAAACGCGCACCGAGUCCAAGCUGCAGCAACAUCGCGAAAUCAUACGCGAGAUCUUUGUGGGCACCGAGCGUCCAGCGUCGGCGCCGCCAGAAUGCGCCCAGGAGCAAGAUCAAUCCCCCACCUUAAGCUACACGCAGUACGAGGAGUUUCUGGAGCAGAUGAAUCGCAUUGGCGCCGCCAACAAUAAUAAGCUGGCGCGGCACAGAACCAACAUUGAGGUAGCCACAGCCACGCCGACGACGCCCGCCUCUGGCAGCUCGACGCAGUGUCCACACAAACGGAAGUAUCUGAGGCGCAAGGGAAGCUCCGGUUUCGACUAUAUACGCAAAAAGAAGCGACCCACGCCGCAUCCACCAGCCAACAGCUCCAAUAAUAAUCAAUCGAACAACCUGCAAAACGCCAACCAGGAACACGAAGCAGCCAGCUCCUUAGCCGAUGCGGAUGAGCGACUAGAUGACACGGACAGCACUAUAGCGGGCAGCACCUCGCAUCUUCCGCUUAAGGUAAAGACUGAAGUCGACAUCUAUCGAGAGAUCCAGAAGUGGGUGCUCAACAAGGGAGUCGGUCAGAGUACGAUGCAUAAGGCUGCUCGUCAGGGAUUGAUUGAUGUUGUCGUCUAUUGUCUGGAUCGCAUGGGCAUGAAUCCGGAUCAGAAGGAUAACGCGGGAUAUACGCCGUUGCAUGAGGCUUGCACUCAGGGCUGGCUUGAGAUAGCACGCCUCCUGCUGCAGUUUGGCGCCAAUCACUCGGAGGCCGCCCAGUCGGGCAUCCGACCGUUGCACGGAGCCAUCGAGAACGAUCACGAAGAGGUGGUGCGGCUGUUGCUCUCCUACGGCGCGGAUCCGUUGCUGGCAACGUAUUCAGGUCAAACGCCACUCAUGUUAGCUUCAAGCAAAUUGAUGUGCAGCAUAUUGCGUUCUCACCUCAGCGAUGCACAAAGUGCAUCCGCUGACAUCAAACCGAUGAGAUUUCAGGGACCCUGGGAGAUAUUUGAUGAAAAGGAAAAUGGUUUUGAUAUAUUCGAUAAUGUACCGAAUACAGCAUGUGAUAUGAGCAGAGCUCUACGUAGAGAAAGGAGGAGAAGGCGAAUAAAUCGCAGCCAGGGCAACAGCAACAAAAACAGUAACAGUAAUGAGGGAUUGUUGUUACAGACAAAGGACGAAGUGGAUAAGGAGAAGGAGAGGGAGAGCAAAGAGAUGAUUAAACAAAAUGGGGAGACAAGUGCAAAGACUUUAACGACGGCAAUGGCGAUGACGAUGGUCAAACUGGAACCAGGCACUGAGGAUAGCAAUAACAACAAGAAUAACGGCAACAACGAACACAAUAACGAUAACAGUGUUGAGCGAAAUGUAACUAGUGUUGUGAAUGUCAAGAAUGAGGUUAAACUGGAACCCCAAGACGAUGACGAGAUGAAUGCAAAUAAUAUCAAUAAUGACAAUGAUAAUACUCUGCAUUAUCUGCAUGCCAAUCAUAAUGAUCACGCUAAUGAUCUGGAUCACGAUCACGACGAUGAUGAGGAUGAUGAUGCCGAUGCAGAUAUGGAUAACGAACGAGAGACGUUGACGGACGAAUUGAAUGGUGAUAUUUUUGAAUUUGAAGAGGCCGAUGUGCCCUUGCCACCACUGUACUUGCUCAAAGAUGAGGGCAGUGAUAAAUGGGUACUCUUAAAUGAUUUGUGCAAUUUACUUAAAGUCAAAUCGAAGGAUACGCUGCUGAAUAAGAUCUGUCCAAAUAGCACCACAAUGGCCAGCACACAGAAGCAAUUGCUGAGAGAGUUUAAGAUCGAUGACUUUCUGGAGCAGGCGACCUGCCUGCAAUUGCUGUGCGCCGGCGAGAAGCUGAACAUGUUCAGCUCCUCGAAGGUUGUGCUCAUCAGAUACAACGAGAGCGUCCGCAAUUUGUUAGGAGUUAAAACCAUUUUAAUGAAAUUUUAAAACGAAACGUCAAGAAUAUUUAGUAUAUAUUAUAUAGCAAGUAACCUAGAGAUAUAGAUUAGUAUGAAAAAAAAUAUAUAAAUAUAUAUUUUAGCUAGUAAUUUUAGUGGUCAGUUUGACGUCUUUGCCUUUGGAAGGCAAAGUCUUUUAUAUUAACAAACAGAAACAAAACAAAACAA